AUGCAAAUUGCGGAGAGCAUCAGCCCGCGCCUGGCGCAGGAGGUGUUGUCGGCUUCGGUCAACGGCGAGAUCGUCGAUCUGAACCGCCCGAUCAACGAAGAUUCGUCGGUCAAAUUGCACAAAUGGGAAGAUCCCGAAGGCAAGAAAGCGUUCUGGCACUCUUCGUCGCAUCUGUUGGCCGAGGCGCUCGAAGCGCUCUAUCCGGGGAUCAAGUUCGGGAUUGGGCCGAGCAUCGAGAACGGCUUUUACUACGAUAUCGAGAAAAAGAUGGAAGAACUGGCGCGCACGAAGGAGGCGAUCUGUCGCCGCGAGGUCAGCAAGUCCGAGGCGAUGAAGACCUAUACCGAAAAAGGCGACCAGUAUAAAGUGGAAUUGAUCGAGGGGCUCGAAGACGGGACGAUCAGUUUCUAUACGAACGGCGAUCAAGCUGACUUCGGUGGCCGGGCCUACUGGCGCGGCAACGAGAACAACAAGAUGCUGACCCGUAUCUACGGAAUCACCUUUCCGAAAAAAUCGAUGCUCGACGAAUACCUGGCGAUGCUCGAGGAGGCCAAGAAGCGCGACCACCGCAAGCUCGGCAAGGAGCUCGAACUGUUUUGUUUCUCGCCGCGCGUGGGAGCGGGCUUGCCGUUGUGGCUGCCGAAAGGCGCUGCGCUCAGAGAUCGUUUGGAACACUUUUUGAGGAACGUGCAGAAGCAGUAUGGGUACCUACAGCGAGGAGUUUCUGCUCAAGCCGAUGACUGCCCGCACCACUGCGAAAUCUACAAAUUCAAACCGCGUUCUUACAAAGAUCUGCCGUUGCGUUUCGCCGAAUUCGGCACCGUGUACCGCUACGAACAGAGCGGCGAGUUGCACGGGCUGACCCGGGUGCGCGGGUUUACGCAGGACGACGCCCACAUCUUUUGCCGUCCCGACCAGUUGAAGGACGAGUUCAUGAAGGUGUCGCUGCGCGAUCCGAACAACAAGGAGAAGUACAUCGGCUCGGACGAAAAACUGGCACAAGGCCGAACAGUCGAUCAUCGAGGCGGCCGCCGAAAAGGGACUGAAUACGACCGUCGAACUCGUGGCAGCUCGGAAACAAUCCAGGUGGAUUACAACCUGCCCGAACGUUUCGACCUGACUUACAAAGGGUCGGACGACAAGGAGCAUCGCCCGAUCAUGAUCCACCGCGCGCCGUUCGGCUCGAUGGAGCGUUUCGUGGCCGUCCUGCUUGAGCAUACCGGCGGAAAAUUCCCGUUGUGGCUGUCUCCCGACCAGGUGGUCGUGCUGCCGAUCAGCGAAAAAUUCAACGAUUAUGCGAAAAAAGUUUCAGAUUUUCUAAUAAUUCCGAUAUUCGUGCUCAGGUGGACGACCGUAACGAGAAGAUCGGACGGAAGAUCCGGGACAACGACUGAAACGGAUUCCGUUCCUGCUGAUCGUCGGGGAAAAGGAGGAACAGGAAGGCACGGUGGCUGUCCGCGCCCAGGCGAAGGCGACAAGGGCGUGAUGACGAAGGACGAUUUCGUCGGACUGAUCCGCAAGAUGGUCGCCGACGAGAUUCAGAAGUUGAAUAAAUAG